GCACGCCAGGCGUAUUUUCAAAAUGGGCACACCGUUAUUUCGUCUGCGAACGGCACGCUAGAUUUCACUCUCUUCUUCGCUUUCUUGCAAAGACUUGAACCCGUGACCGAAUUGAAAAACGAAAUUGUGCCCUAGUUGCUCUUUGCUCAAUUUCCCUUCCAUUCUUUCAAUAAUGAUCCGGUUCAUAUUGUUACAGAACAGGCAGGGAAAGACCCGUCUAGCCAAGUACUACGUUCCUCUCGAGGAUUCCGAGAAGCACAAGGUCGAAUACGAGGUUCAUCGAUUGGUGGUGAACAGAGAUCCCAAGUUCACAAAUUUCGUCGAGUUCCGUACACACAAGGUGAUCUACAGGCGAUAUGCCGGGUUAUUUUUCUCGCUUUGUGUUGACAUUACUGAUAAUGAAUUGGCAUAUUUGGAGUGCAUCCAUUUAUUCGUGGAAAUAUUGGAUCACUUCUUCAGCAAUGUGUGCGAGCUAGAUUUGGUUUUCAACUUUCACAAGGUUUAUCUGAUACUUGAUGAAUUCAUUCUAGCUGGUGAGCUCCAAGAAACAAGCAAAAAGGCGAUUAUUGAGAGAAUGGGCGAACUGGAAAAGUUGGAGUGAGAUUAUUCUGAGUGCUUUGAGUGCAAUUUGUUCCUGUGGAAUUUUUUUUCCCAGCCGUGGGUUUUACUUUAAUUUGUUAUCAAAUUUCUUGCUUCCAAUUUCCUCUUGUAAUAUCAGAAAAUUGAAUGAGGUCCUUUUCCCCCACUUUCCCCAUUUCGCUGUUUGUGACAUUAUGAGUGUUUGUAAUUCAUAUUUAAUCAAUCAAGGCAAUAUACAUAAACUAGACUCUGUA